UUUAUAUAUUAUUUUAUUAAUUAUUUAUUCAAAUUAUUAUUCAAAUUAUUAUAUAUAAAAUAAUAAAAUUAUAUGUAAAAUAAUAUUUUAAUGUGUUUGGAUGUGGAGGGAUUGAGUGUUGUGUAUUCGUUGAUGUAUUCGUUGGAGUAUUUGGAGCGGGGACUGAUCUCCGGCGACGUUAAAUUCGAAGAUUACACAACCGAAUGCAACUCUCUCCUUAACUCAUCCAAACUCCUCAAACAACCCAAACAUUACUUCCAACAAUUCGCUAACGAUUUUGGGCUUAAUUUUCAGUUGGCGAUUAAUAGAAUCAACAUCGGAUCUCCAGACAACCAUACCAGCCAACAAGACGUGGGAAUAUUUGAUUUGAGUGGCAACUUCAUCACUCUCAUCGACGCACUCAAAUUAGGAAUCUCAAACUCCAAUCAGUUGUAUGUGAUGUUGUGUGAGAUGCUGAGAUCGAUAGAGUUGAGUGACAAAUGCUUUAGUGGCCCCGAUUUCUGGCCCCGUUUUAAGCUUGAAAAAUUAACAUUUUGGGAACAAAAAUUAUUAACCCAAGAGGAAUUAACAAGCGAACAAACCACACAGUUCCUCAGUGAUAUGGAAUCCACUUACUACAUCUACAGACAACAUCUCACACAACACUAAUAUUCUUACUUUAUUUUAAUUUAUUAUUUUUUGUUA